CCCAUUUAUCCAGAUAUUCUGGUUCUGUCUUGAGCAAUUCACAACCAUGAGGUGCUUCAGCGACAGACCAGAAGAGGCACCCAAUCCAGGAGUUGAAGACCUUGUGCCUAGAAGCCCUGGGGAGAGACCCCUUCAAGCUCUUGCUGCAUAUGACAGAGAAGAAAGACACAGAGUUCCAUCAUUUUUAGAGGUGCAGCCAGAAGCCAGGGAGUCCCCCUUGCCAGAACUCACACUCUCUGAUGUGCUAAGUGUUCUCCCUGAGGAGGAGGAAGAUGCAUUCUGCUUGCUCAACCCACUAGAUGCAAUCCCUGUACCACCCAUGCAUCCCAGAGCUGCUUCACUCUCUACCUUUUGUGCCGAAAGCCAUCAUGGCAGUGAUGGAGGCCCAACGCUGCACUAUACAUCUGCAAGUGCAAGCAAUGCUGCAUUCCUUGGACACCAAAGUGGACAGGUUUUGCCGUCAGCUCAACAUGUUGCUUCAAAUGAACAAGUCUGGGAACACAACAUCUGUAUAGCAAUUAGGCUAGACCAGGAAAAGUCACUCUGCCCAGUUGUCCAUUUCACCAUUGCUGCCUGGCCCACAGGACAAACCACAGGCUAUAUGUUUAUCAUAACACACUGGGUGGCAGACCAUAACUUCCUUUUGUGCAAGUGCCAGGCAGUGAUGGCCAUGAAAAAGGUUCAGCUAGGGAGCAUGACUGAAAAAACAUUACGCAGACUAAAGACCUUGAGGGACAAUUGGCUGCAUCCCCAGCAGCUGGAAGUGGGGUAUGUGGUUACACCUGCAAAGGCAGUGGCAAGGGCAGUGGCGGGUUCUUGUCUGGGAUGUAUUCUUUCCCUUGUUCACAGCUUGAACCUGCUGAUAAAAGAGGUGACGGAAAAGGUAAAAAACAAAUGCUUUCUCAUAGUACGGCUUUGGCAAACACUACACAAAAUAAUCAUUCACUUUGCCCAAUCCCAGGCGGCCCGUGACCGUUUGGAAGCAUUGCAGGUGCAGUGUGGGCUCCCCCCGGAAAUUUGGAAAGAAAAAAUGCCCAGUGACCUCUCUCUUGGGAUUCGGUUUCUAUUUGCCCGAUGGAAAGUAUUCCAUGCUUACCAGAACGAGAACCCUGACCUCAAUUUAACACAUCAGGAAUGGAGGUUGCUGCACUAUCUAGCCUGCCUUCUGAAGCCAUUUGAAGAUAGUAUCACUAGGCUUAGAAAGGGAAAUGCUACCCUGGGCCAAAUCCUUCAUGAGCUCCAUUUGCUUGAGAGCAAUGUCAAGGGAUAUUUGCAGCUGCUGCAGCAAGAGCCAGAGGUUGCUGUUGCUGAUGCUGCUAUUCAUAUUGUCUCUGAGCUGCUGCAAUCUCUGGAAAGCAGCCAGGACCUGGGAGAAGUAAGAAAGAACAUGCUGUACCAGGCUGCAGCCUUCCUUCAUCCAUACUUCAGGGACCACAUGUGUAAAUAUCUGAAAGAAGAUGCUCAUGGGGGAAGGUGGCAAGUGAAGGACUGGGUGAUAUGGCAGACUGCGAAGGAAUACCUGAGGAAAUUCUCUCACAAUGAUGCAACUGAGGUGGCAUGUUAUGAGCUGGAAUACUACCUGCAGGACAGCAUAGAUGUUACCCAUUUGGAUCCCUUGAUGUACUGGCAUUCAAAGCGUCACACCUGGCCCUCCCUUUCUGCAGUGGCACUCCAGUAUUUCUCAUGCCCUCCCUCCCCAGGCUUUUUGGAGAACGCUGAUAGUGUUGAAGUCAUGAUCAGAUCACGAAGUUUUAAGGAGAGGCUUGCACUCAUCCUUCUGAAAAGAGACUGGGAAGCUCCAGAACUGAGGGUCCCCAACACUAUCACAGACACUGGAAGCCUGUCCAUGGUCUGAGACAAAACAAAUGCAACCCCUCUUUGCAGACAUUCUUGACUGGGAACCAUUCACAGAGGAUUGAGUGUUGGGUGUAUGGAGACACAUGACGGGAUCGGACUUUGGUGGUAUUGGGAUUUUGCAAUAUGUAGUGCUAAUAACUAUGCCUUGUAUCGCUGCAUCUUUUAAGUACUACUUGGUAUGAAACAGAAUUGGGCUAUUUGUUCAAAUUUAUGCCCUCAACUUUUUGCAAGUGUAAGGGUUAUUGACAG